UAUGGCGGAAUAUAACAGACCUUUUAACAGAAUUUAGCCCUUUUUGCUAUGAUUUACUAACGAAUACUCCGAAACUAGAUCUGAUAGUUAAUAGCAUAAACAUUUCGAUAUAGUUUAUAAUAAUCCAUAAAUAAAAUCAUCAUGUCCGAUAGUGAUGAGUCAGAUAUUGUUCCGGUUAAGCGAAAGAAAAAAUAUAAUAUUGAAGAAUCAGAAGACUAUAGUAGUAAUGAUAGUAGUCCCAUUUUACAUAGGCCAGCAAAGAGAGUUAAGCGUCAACUUUCUGAAAGCAGUAGUAAUUUUAGUGACAGUGAUUCGGAUUCUGAACCAAUUAUGAAUUCAAAAAAAGGUCCUAGAGCUUUGGAAAGCGAUUGUGAAAGUAAUUCAACAGAAUCUGAAUGGCAAUCUGAUUGGUCAAGUGAUAAUAGCGAAGUAUUACUUCAAAAGGUUCUAUUGAAUGAUAUAAAAGAUAACGAAGAGGCAUCCAAAGAAAAUACUAGCUCUAGUUCUGAUGAUGAAAACUCUGAAAAAUGUCCAAUAUGUUUAUUAAAAUUGUCCAAACAAGAAGUAGCCACGCCAGAAUCUUGUACUCAUACAUUUUGUUUCGAAUGCUUACAAGAAUGGUCAAAGAAUGUUAGUACAUGUCCCAUCGAUCGAAAAGAGUUCACUGUAAUGUUGGUCCGAAAAAGAUAUUUAUCCACACACAAAAGAGAAGUUAAAGUCACUAAAGUUGAAAAGUCUGUUGAAGAAGAAGUUAUAGAUGACACAACUUUUUGCGAAUUGUGUCAUCAAAGUGAUAGGGAAGAUAUUAUGCUGUUAUGUGAUGGCUGCGAUUCUGGUUAUCAUAUGGAUUGUUUGACACCUCCUUUGGAAGAAGUUCCCGCUGGCGACUGGUUUUGCUCUGCGUGUUCUUUACUAAACCGAACUACUUCAAGGAAUGAACCCAUAGAAUCCCGGCUAAUCCCUCGAACCAUGCAUAGUGAACGUGUAAGACAUAAUGUGGAAACACAGAGAAGACAAUAUACAUUUAUUGAUAUAUUUGACCCCGAUCAGCCCUCAACAUCUUCAGGUUUUGCCUCUAAUGACGUCAUAGUGAUAAAGGACUCUCCUAAAAAAGCAUUAAAGAGAACGGUAAAGAAAAGAGUUACUUCCAAAAGAAAGACUGUUAGGAAGAAACGAAGAAAAACCACCAGACGUAAGUACACAACUGAAUAUGAAAUUUGCCAAGAAACAGGAGCAAAAAUUGCAGUAAGAAAGUUGGUACCGACGAAAAGAAAAUCAAGCAAACGAAAGACUAAAAGGAAAAUUAAAGGAAAAUCUAAAAAAAGAAAGGCAACAUCUUCUAGUAAAAAGCACUGUAGUAGUAAGAAUUCAGAGAGAGAACCUCAGGAGGUGGUUCAAUCAACAGCAUCAACUUUGCAUUUGUUUGGACGUCCGAAUGAACUAGAUUAUUUUUCAGAUGAUUCAGAAGAUGAACAACCACCUAUUGUUAACAAACCUAUUAUUACUAAAGUUAGUACAAAACUUGUCAGUAGCUUAAAUAAACCAGAACCUAAAAAGAGAGUUAUAGUACCCGCCAGCAGUUCAUCAAAUUUUCUGGACAGUAUAUUGGAAAGCCAAGAACAAUGGCAUUCUAAAAGAACACCAUUUCAGAUGAGCGGUGGUAAAAUUGUAAUAAAAAAUAAGAACUAAAGGUAAUAAAAGCAAUUAAAUUAAAAGCUUAAUAAGUACAAUUUUAUAUAUUAAGGCUUAUACAAAUAACCCAGUGAUAGACCAGUAAGGACACAUUUCAAUAUUUGAUUAGUU